UCAAAUUUUUUACUUGGCGCGCCGGAAAAUAGAAUCCUUUUCAAUUUACGGCCUCGGCUUUGUUAAGUUUUCUCCUGGUUAAAUCCUGAAAAAGAAAAAUCGAGAUGCAGAAGGCGCGUCCCAGCAAGGGCACGCCGAAGGCGCUGGGCGGUGGACGCCAGAGCGGCCAGUUUCGGGUGCCGCAGCUAACCGCACAGCAGCAAAUGCGAGCGCAGCAACAGCAGGAGGAGGAGGACGCCGCCAUGGACGCCCUGGACGAUGCGCUGAUCUUCGACGACGAGGAGGGCGGCACCAGGAUUGGCGACAUCUACAUACCGCCGCCGGUGCCGCCGCACUGCUCCAUGGAGAGCACCGGGCCGCGUCUGAUAAUCGCCAAGAUUGUUAACCACAAUUUCAAGAGCUACGCCGGCAAAGUGGAACUGGGGCCGUUCCAUCAGAGUUUCACCGCUAUUAUCGGGCCAAAUGGCAGUGGCAAGAGCAACGUCAUCGACUCCAUGAUGUUCGUCUUCGGCUGCCGCGCCAAUCGCAUCCGCUGCAAGCGCGUCUCCACCUUGAUUCACUCCUCCUCGGCGUACCCGAAUAUUCGCAGCUGCUCGGUGGCCGUGCACUUCAAGCAGAUCGUGGACAAGGGCGACGGUAGCUGCGAGGAUGUGCCGGACUCGAGCAUUGUCAUCGAACGCACAGCCAUGUCGGAUAACUCUUCCUACUAUCAGAUCAACGACAAGCGGGCCCAGUUGAAGGAUGUGGCCAAGCUGCUGAAGAAACAUCAUGUGGAUCUCGAGCACAACCGUUUCCUCAUCCUGCAGGGCGAGGUGGAGUCGAUUGCCAUGAUGAAGCCCAAGGGGCAGACGGAAAACGAGACGGGCAUGCUGGAAUAUCUGGAGGAUAUUGUGGGUACGCAGCGCUACAUUCGCCCGCUGCAGCAGAUCAACCAGAGGGUCGAUCAGCUAACCGACGAUCGUACCGAGAAGCACAACCGCUGCAAGCUGGCCGAGCGCGAAAUGAAAGACCUCGAGCAGCCGUUCAACGAGGCCGUCGACUAUCUGAAGAAGGAGAACGAGCUGGUGCGCACCAAGUCCUUUCACAUCCAGAAGAUUGUGAGCAUUAAGAAGAGCAAGCUGGAGCAGUACACCCAGGAGCACGACGUCUGCGUGGAGGAGCUGAAAACCCACGACGAGGGCACGGCUGCUUUAAAACAGGAACGAGCUGAGAAGGAGACAAUCAUCAGGAAGGAAAUUGAAGCCUACGAAAAUCUAGUAAAGAAGCGCGAGCAAAUCAAGAAAAGGCUGGUGACCAUCGAGAGUGCCCACACCGAGAUCCAGAGCACCAUGGAGAACACGAACAAGCAGCGCAAGAAGGACAAGGCGCAGAUAGAGAAGAACGAGAAGGAGCUGGAGGAUCUGCACAAGUUGCCCGAGAAAAAUCAGCGCGAAAUCGAAGAUUGUAACAAGAAACUGGAGAGCCUGGAGAAGAGCAAGGUUACUUUAAGUGAGGAACUUGAAAAGCAGCAGGCCGAGUUGUCGGAAACCACGGCACCGCUGACCGAGAAGCGUCUGAAGCUCAGUGACGAGUUGGUCGGGCUCAAGGAGAAGGUGAACGCGGCCAAGGGAGAGCUGCAGGUGUACGAGUCGCAGCUGAAGAUCCUCAAGCAGGCAGAGACCACCGAGUCCAGGAAGUACGAGACCCUGAAGAGCUCCUACGAGCAGUCGCAGAAUAGUCUGGAGGAAAAGAAGGGCAGGGUGGAGGAGUUGAAGGAAAGCAUUCCACGCAUGAAGAGCGAAAUAGCCAACAAAACGGCGGAGGUAGAUAAAAUGGUCAAGGAGGAGCGUAAUCUAUCCAUGCAGUGCAACAAGCUCAGAACAGAGAUCAACGAAAGAUCGAGCGUCAUGCAGGCUCAGCGCUCCAAUAACAAAGUCCUGGACUUUCUCAUGCGCAUGAAGAUGGAGGGAAAGAUCCCGGGGAUUCUGGGACGCCUGGGCGAUUUGGGUGGCAUCGAUGCCAAGUACGAUGUGGCCAUUUCGACGGCCUGUGGCCGCUUGGACAAUAUUGUGGCAGAGAACUAUGAUGCUGCAUCGGCAGCUAUUAAAGCCCUCAAGGAUUACAACGUGGGCAGGGCCACCUUCAUAACCUUGGACAAGAUCGAGCACCUUCGUCGCGAGGCCAACUCUAGGAUUAAUACACCCGAAAACGUUCCCCGCUUGUACGAUCUGGUUCGGGUUGAGGAUGACCGCGUGCGAACCGCUUUUUUCGCCCUGCGCAACACUCUAGUGGGCGACGACCUGGAGCAGGGCACGCGCAUUGCCUACGGCAGGGAGCGCUUCCGAGUGGUUACCCUACGCGGUGAGAUGAUCGAAAUGACGGGCACCAUGUCCGGUGGCGGCAAUCGCCCGAUACGCGGUAAAAUGGCCGCCCAAGUGCGCACCAAGACGGCCGAAUCGGCUGACAGCUCGCAGAUGUCGCAAAAGGCCCUGGAAGAUAUGCAGAUUCAGGCGGAGGAGCUGCAGACGAGGGUCAACUACUGUCAGGAGCAGCAGGGCAGUCUGGAGCGCGAGAUUCAAACUUUGAGAGCAAGCCAGCAGCGUGAGGAGGCGGAGUACAAGCGGCUGGCGGUGAGCAUUACCUCGCUGGAGCAGCAGAUGGCCAGCAACCUGAAGCAGUGCGAGGCGCAGCGCCAGCGGAUGCUCAAGAAGACCACGGACGAGGGGGCAGUCAAGGAGCGUGAAGAGCAAAUAGAAGCAGCCAAGCAAGAGCUGGAGCAAGCACAAUUCGCCGAACAGGCGGUCUCCAGCCAAAUCGACGAGAUCCAGACUCAGUACGAGACCCUGAGAAACGAAAACGUCAAGCCCGUGGAGGCCAAGAUCAAGAAGGUGGGCACUCAGAUCGAGAAGCUGGCCGCCAAUGUGCGCUCCUUGAAUGUGGCCCUCGCCUCGGCUGAUCGCAACAUUCAAAAGAUCACGGGAAACAAUAAUAAUCUUCGUGAGAACAUAAAGGCAGCGGAGGAGAAACUUAAAUCUCUGAACGAGGAUCGCCAGAAGUGUCAGGAAAAACAGGAGACGCUGGAAAAGGAAGCGGAGGAGGCGGAAGCCGCCAUAGAGGGUGCCAAAUCGCAGUCUUCUGACAUAAAAAAACAAAUAGAUGAGAUUACCAAGCAGGAGAACAAAAGAAAUAUCGAUCGUGUCGAGAUAGAUACCAAAUUACAAGCGGCUGCGGGAAAGAUGAAUAAGGUGAAGCAGGAAAUUCCCGCUUGGCAGGCGCAACUGCAGCCCUUGAAGCUCAACGAGAUUCCCGGAGAAUCCGAACCUCAGGCGCCGCUCAAGGAACUCAAUGAAGAAGAGUUGGAAGCAGAGACGCUGGAGGCUUUGCAGUACAAGCAAACUAUGCUGGAGGAGGAUCUGAAAACGAAGAAGCCCAAUCUCGGUUGCAUCAAGGAGUUCAACGAGAAGCGCAUAGUCUAUCUGGAUCGCGUGCGUGUCCUGGAGGACAUCACCUCCAAGCGAAACGAGAUGCGCGACAAGUACGAGGAGGUGCGAAAGCGUCGCUACAAGGAGUUCAUGGAUGGGUUCAGCAUUAUAACGCGGAAGCUCAAGGAAAUGUACCAGAUGAUUACUUUGGGUGGCGAUGCCGAGUUGGAGCUGGUGGACUCCAUGGAUCCCUUCACCGAGGGCGUCAACUUCACGGUGCGUCCGCCCAAGAAGAGCUGGAAAUACAUCUCGAAUCUCUCGGGCGGUGAGAAGACUCUAUCCUCGCUGGCUUUAGUUUUUGCUCUGCAUUACUACAAGCCUUCUCCGCUGUAUUUCAUGGAUGAAAUCGAUGCGGCGCUGGAUUUCAAGAAUGUGUCUAUUGUGGGGCACUAUAUAAAGGAGCGUACAAAGAACGCCCAGUUCAUAAUUGUUUCACUGCGCGUCAACAUGUUCGAGUUGGCCAACUAUCUGGUGGGCAUAUACAAGGUCAGCGACUGCACAGAAUCCAUCACCUUGCUGAACCAUCCGCCUACGCUGCCCACGCAGCAGCCCACGAUCGCCAACAGUCAGUUUGUGGGUGACACUAUCGAACAGGAACAGGAUGUUACCUUGGAACCCGAUGAGAACCAAACACAGGAUACUCAAGCCAGGCCUUCAGAGCAGAUUAAUCAGCUGGGCGGAAGGGAGACCACCUUUGCCCCGCCCUUGGAAAGCACAGUAAGAGAUACCAUACUUGCUCAAGCAAGCGAGCAAAACGCUGCAGGGCGUAUUAUUCCGGACGUUUCCUUGGACAGUCCUCCCUGUUCCCCACCUCUGGGCAAUGUUUAA